AUGCAGCCAAGAAAGCUCAAGGUAUAUGGUUGCCGGGGCGCAGGCCUCAGAUUUGAACUUGAUCUUCUGAACAAAGAGCGCUUGUUGCGGCAUAUAAAUUUAGGAUUCACUAUCACCCUACGUGGGAAGAAGAUCCUGCAACAUCGCAUCUAUGAUCCCGCAGCGCAUUCUCGCAGCAGCUAUAACGUUUUGGAUCUCGUCGCCACAGCUGUCCAUCCCAAGUCGUGGAGACUGGUGAUUGUAGACUUCUGUAUCAACGCUACAUUGACUGAGUUGAUCGGCUCGUUCUUCAAUUGGGGUCUACAAGGGCUUCUCAGUCUUCAGUUAUUCUACGUGACGUUCCUAAUGGAGCUGCUCCAGACGACCUUUCAGUCUGCUGGAGUGUAUGCUCAACUGAUCGUUGUAUACCUUCCGCCGAACUAUAUGCCAUUGAACCUCCUGACGUAUGGCGUGCCUAUACUAUCCAUCUUUAUAUCUGUAGUUGUGCAAUGGUUCUAUGCAUGGCGCAUAUCCGUCAUAUCAGGGAGGCGAUUACGUUGGCUUGCGUUCCUAGUGGUGCUGCUUUCUCUCGGACAAUCAGCUGCCGGCAUUGUCAGCACAGUGAUGAGUGGCAGGCAAUCUGGUACUCAUUGGGAAGUUUCAGCCACCCCGAUCAUGGUUUGGCUUGGUGGUAGCGCGCUAGUCGACAUCAUGAUUGCGACAUCAAUGUCACUCCUGCUACACCGCCACAAGACCGGAGACGGACAAAUGGACGCUCUUAUUAAUCGUCUCAUUGUGUAUGUCUUAGAGACCGGUGCUUCCACUGCGGGGGUUGCUGUCCUUACCCUUGCACUCUUCAUACGCGACAAAAUCGCGUUGCAGCGAUACGAAGACAUGUAUAAAGAUGUCCAAGGACCUGCAUUACCUACGCUUCUCUGCGACUUGCCGUACGCGAAUACAGCCAUGAUUAGCCUGAACAACCGCGCCCGUCUUGGCCGCUCACCACAAACGACGCACACGACGACGGAUACAUUCGAGCUGACUGAACCUCAAUUCUCUAGUGGCCAAUUCUGUUUGCCGAACCCAGACUGGCAAGAUAAGACCCUCGAACCGGCCCAUUCCAUCCAGCAGAAUCCUGUUCUCAUCAACAUGCGUCGAGACAUUGUCACUUCUCACACCGCUACCGACACUAUAUGUUGA